AUGCCCGAUAGCUUUGAGGAGCUCGGGCAAAAGAACUACGACUCGCUCAACCACUUUGGAACGCAGAGACCAGCAGCGAAUUGGCCCGGGACAUCUAAUUACCAAGACAUGGCUACGUCGUAUGCCCAAAGGCAACCAUUCUACCACCAGGGCAUGGGUCAGGUCAAGCAUGAACCGGGUCUGCCCCCAAUUCGCGACAUGACUUUUGCCUCUCCGACGAUGCCCAGUCCAUCAUACAACACAGUCUUUGGAGGCUCGCCUCAGGGCCCAGUCCCGAUGGACUACAACUCAACAUAUCGCAGGCCAAGUUACAAUGAAGGCCGAGGUCUGAGUCAAACUUAUCCACCAUACACACGGCCCUACUCGAUGGACAAGUUCGAGCCUAGCUUUAGAGGCCAGAGCAUCCCACACCCAGUGUACUCGCAGCCGUACACCGACUAUCAGAACAAUUAUCACACAUCAAUGAAUCACGGCUACGCACACAGCUUGGAAAAUGACGUGCGCAAUAAGAAGCGUAGAGGUAACCUCCCAAAGAACGUUACCGAUGUCUUGCGACAAUGGCUGCAUGCGCAUAUGGAUCAUCCGUAUCCGACCGAAGAAGAGAAGUUGCAGUUGAUGGACAGGACAAGGCUGUCGAUGCCACAGAUCAGCAAUUGGUUCAUCAACGCCCGAAGGCGACAUUUGCCUGAUAUGAAACGGAAGGCUCAGGACCAGAAGACAUUGAAGCAGGAACCAGACCGACAUCGAUGA